AUGCGCCGCUUGGCAGCUGCUGAGACAUUGAGGCGUCAUUUGCAGCGCCACGGGGCGGACCUGGAGGAGGCAACCCUGGGUCCCUGUGAGGGUCCAAAGGGCCUUGGAAUUUACGCCCGGCGGGCCAUCGCCAAAGGUGAAGUGGUCGCUUCAGUACCGCGUGGCUUGGUGCUGGAGGCCCCUCUCCUUGGCACUGCAGCCCCUCCAUCCGACACGCUGCUGGCGGCGGCGGCCGGCGGCCACGGCCAGUGGUACGACGUCCUCGGCUCCGGCAGCGGACGUCGAAGCGCGGUGAAGCUGGCGCAGCGGCUGGUGGAGGAGGAGAAGAAAGGCCAGAAGUCGCCUUGGGCGUCCUACUUGCAUGCCCUGCCGCAACCAAUUCCUGCGCUACAUCCCUUGGCAAAUGCAUGGCCAAUGGAGCUGCUACGGUGCAGUCCUUUCCUGGCUCGUCUCUAUGAGGAGGCCGAGCACUGCCACGCGCAGUGCCUGUCACUGGCGCCGGAGAGCGACAAGAGCGACGAGCAGCGCUUCCGCCGGGCGCUGAGUGCGGUGAUCACACGGAACUUCGCGCUGCAGGGGCCGGCACUGGCUUUGCUUCCAUUUCUGGAUUUCUUCAACCAUCGCAGUGCUAUGCGUCGCGGCUCUAUUGAUUGGACCUGCUCCUUUCAUGAGAGGCACGGCUCCGUGGCCAUGGUUGCGGAUCGCUUCAUCGCUGCGGGCGAAGAGCUGAGCUUCGUCUACGUCUCAGCGCCGGACGCAGUGCUGCUGGUGCAGUAUGCCAUGGCGCCCGAGGUUCUCGGCAACCUGCACAACAUGGCAGGUGUCCAGGUUUUUCCUGACGAUGUCGGCGCGGUGUGGGAGGAGAAGUGGCGUGUGCUGAAGCAAUGGGGUUGGAAUGGACAUGCACCGCUGCUGUUCACGGUGCCGGACGCUCUUUUCCCCGGUGCGGCCUUGCGGCGGCUGGCAGAGCUGCUGGCAGCGGAGGAUUGCGAAGCCAUCGCUGGUGUAUGCGCUGCGGCGCAGAGCCGGGGACGGAGGAGGCGCCACAGCAGCAGCGCAGCAGCUGUGCGCCUGUUGCUUUCCUGGCUGCAGCGGGCGCGCCGCCGGUUGGCAAUGCCAGAUGUGUCUAUAGACUCCACGCACCAGGAGCUGAGAAGGGCCGUUGCGGCAGUGGUGGAGGGUGAAGCGAGGGUACUGGAGGUAUGCCUGGAGCAGUUGGAAACCGAAGCGCUGCUUGCGGAACUGAAGGCCGUCGCAG